AUGAGAGUGGGGAAAGGCUGUGCACGGUGUCGUCAUCGCCACAUUCGCUGCGUGAUACCCUCGGGAGCCUCAGCUUGUGCUCCCUGUACUCGUCUCGGUCGCGACUGCCAACUAGACCCCCGUUUUCAAUUCAAAGCUGUUGAUCAUGUUUUUCAAAAGAUCCGGGGCUCAGCUGCUCGUUUUGAUUUGAUUUGGGAUGAUGAGCAGGUAUGGGUGGAGGUCUCAAAUCCCGUGACCUUCACCCUGGAGACUGAUGAAUCAAAUGAUGAAACAAAUAUUGCAAGGGCCAGAGAAGCAAUUUUGAUCCCUUCUUGGCCAUCGCAACAAGAACUGCAGGUAAUAGAAAAUGAAAUGAUGUUGGAAGACGAGCGAGCCAUGCAUCCUCAAUCACAGGAAGCUAGUACGCUGCCACAACAGUCCACCAAUAGCAGACCGAAUUCAACACUGCAAUAUCAAGGAUCUACUUUGUCCCUUCGAGAGGCUUCUCUGAUGCGUUGCUUCAUUCAAAAGAUUGCCCCUUGGGCGGACAUCUGUGACCCCCAAUCUCACUUCAGCACGCUAGUGCCUCAGCGAGCCCUCCAGGUCCCAAUGGUUCUGAAAGCCGUACUGGCUCUGGCUGCUCGACAUGAUGCCAUUAUGACGGCAAAAAGUGACCUGGAGGCCUCCUCCUAUCUCGGAGAGUGCCUAGAGUUGCUGAUUCCCGCACUUGAUAAGCCCGAGCACACAUACGAUGAGAGUCUCUUAAUUACGGUAGUGAUUCUCCGAAUUUGUGAAGAGUUAGAAAACACUACCGAUGAGAAAUUUCAUCUCCUCGGGUCAAAUCGCUUGAUCAAUCUAAUGUCCCGCUCAGCAUCGUCUGGGGGACUGGCGGAAGCUGUAAGUUGGCAAUUUUUGCGACAGGCCAUCUAUUCAUCUGUCGUACAAUACCAGCCUCUACAGCUGAACUUGCAUAAUUAUGAGUGUUCAACCAUGUUUCAACGCAAGGAUGAUACGGCCAUUGCGAGCAUGAUUAUCUUCCAUUGCGCUCAUAUCAUUCAACUGUGUCGGGACAAACCUAGGCUUCCAGUCGAUGAAGCAACUUGGUAUCGUAUUUCGGAUUCUGUUGAUGAGUGGUAUCGUUCAAAGCCCCUGACCUGGCAGCCACUCCGAUAUCAACCUCCAGAUGCGACUGCCAACCGACCGUUUCCUGAAAUAUGGAUGAUGUCAGGCCCUGCUAUGGUCGGGAUGCAGUACUAUCAUACCGCAAGAAUCUUCAUGACUCUUUCAGAUCCUUCGUUACAACCUAUCAGUGACUAUGAGCUAGCUUGUGGCCGGCGUAUGGCAGAGCGAACAAUUGCUACUCAUAUCCUAACCGUUGUUGGGCUUUCAUUAUCAAAUGAGAGUGUGGAAAAUGGGUUUUUUAUGGCCUGUCAUCUGCUUCAUUGCUUUGGUUACUGUCUCCGCCAUCCAGCCGAGCAACGGGGAUCAUUGGACUUUCUCAAUCAGGUGGAAAAGGUCUUAGGGUGGCGAACAGCGUGGAUUAAGGAACAGCUCGAACGCCAGUGGAAUGAGUUGGCUGAAAUAGAUUUAAGAAAUUGA